UUAAAAGCUCCAUCCAUCCUCCGCAACCUCAGGAGCCCUCCUGCAAGUCCAUGAAGAUGAAUCGACUCUGCCUCUCUGCAGCCCUUCUCUUCCUCCUGGUUAUCCUGGUGGAUGGCACCCCAGAGGAUAUUAACAAGAGCCAUGACCACGGUUAUGUGAUGACUUCUGGAGGACGAAAUGAGAACCAUCCAGCAGCUUCUAAGCCUGCCUUCUGCCUGAAGCCUAAAUUAAUAGGUCCCUGCAAGGCCAAGAAGGUCAGGUACUUCUAUGAUGCCAAGACCAGGCAAUGCCAACGCUUUUUCUACGGUGGCUGCAAAGGGAACUUGAAUAACUUCCAAACCAUAGCGCUGUGCAUGAAGAUCUGUGAUCAUGCGGCGUGGUCCCGGAGAAGACAUGGGAAGAGUCAUGCUCCAAAACUCUGAAGUCCGAGGAGGACCCAUGAAAGUCUGGGCUGUUCCUGAAACAGUUCAGUCUCCUUGCAUUUCUUCUCUCCCCUACCUUCCUUAGCAGAGCCUGCCUGUUUCCUUUCCUCCAUGAUGCUGAGAGACUUCCCUGGUGGCUCAGAUGGUAAAAGCGUCUGACUACAAUGUGGGAGACAUGGGUUCAAUCCCUGGGUCAGGAAGAUCUCCUGGAGAAGGAAAUGGCAACCCACUCCAGUGUUCUUGCCUGGAAAAUCCCAUGGACAGAGGAG